AUGGACGCGGACCAGAAGCCUGUCGCCGCUCGACGGUGGUACCACUGGCACGAGCCAGGCACGACAAAGGAAGAUAAAUGGUUGAUAUUCAAGCUCGACGUAAACAUUCUCACAUAUCUGUGUCUCACCUUCUUCGUCAAGUACCUAGAUCAGACAAAUGUCACCAAUGCAUACGUCUCCGGGAUGAAAGACGACCUCAAUCUCAAGAGAGAUGAGCUGAACUGGAUGACGACUUGGUUCAACAUUGGCGUCAUUCUUGGAGCACCGGCUUCUACGCUGGCACUUACACAGAUCAACCCACGGUGGUGGCUUCCGAGCUGCACGGCGGUAUGGUCGCUGCUCGUGCUUUUCAUGUACAAGGCGACUGCUGCCAAGACCAUUUAUAUUCUGAGAUUCUUCUGUGGCAUGGCUGAAUCAGGCGUUUUGCCCGGGGCCUGGUACAUUAUUGGAAGCUGGUAUACGAAGUCGGAAAUUGGUCGCCGGACGAGCUUGUUCUAUUUCUCCGCCACCGGCGGUCAAAUGCUCUCGAGCCUUAUCCAGGGCGGAAUCUAUCGCAGCUUAAAGGGGCAUCUAGGGCUUGCCUCGUGGCGAUGGCUUUUCAUAAUCGACUUCCUCAUUAGCAUGCCCAUUGCAAUCAUGGGGCUUUGCGUAUGCCCAGACGAACCCAGAGCGAAGCGUAUAUGGUGGAUGUCGGAGAAGGAGCGACAGCGAUGCAUCGAGCGCAUCAAGGAAGACGAUCGUGAUCCAGAGCCGUUUGCCUGGAAUUUGGACUUGGUCAAGAGGGUUCUCAAAUCUUGGCAGUUGUACGCCUUUUGCAUCGCCUGGGGAACCUUGGAGCUCACCUGCGGUGUCAAUCUGCAGCGGUGGAUGAUAUUGUGGCUUUCCAAGGUCAAGGUAGACGGGCAUCUGAAAUACAGUGUGCCGCAAGUCAACUGGCUGCCAGCCGGUAUUGGCGCCACGCAAUUCGGGUGGAUGAUUCUCGCGUCUUGGACGUCCGACUAUUACCGAAACCCCUCCAUUGUCAUUGCCGUCCUGGGGCUGGUGCAGCUCUUUUGCUACAUUGUCUUUGCCGUGUGGCCCAACAACAACGACUUCAUCAUGGCAGCUUUUUACAUCUGCAGUGCCUAUGGGGCCAUCGGCCCGCUCAUCGGCUCGUGGCUCAACUCUUCCUGUGGCGGCGACAGAGCCCUGCGGGCAUUCACCUCUGGGCUGACGUCCUCGGUAGGAUUUGGUCUUGGCACAGCUGCACAGCAAACCAUGUUUCCCGUCUCGCAGUCGCCCAAGUUUCGCCAGACGCACGGCUUCAUCUUUGCCAUUCUGUGGAUUGUAUUUGCCGCCGUGGCGUGGUGCGGUAUCGCCAUGCCCAUCAUGGAGCGGCGCUUCCCGCCGCCGCACAAGGAGACGACGCAUGCGGACCUCGACGAGGAGCAGCAUCCCGGCACAAAGCCAAUCUCUCCGUAA